GACUAUAAAGAAGUAAAAGAAGUCUGAGAUUAAAUUCAAACACUUUGAAACAAUAACAACUCAUUCGCCAGCUGAGCUGCAACAACCACCGGGCUCUAUCUCGUCGUCAAUGGCUACUCAUCAAUCUUCUUCUCCGCCCACGCCACCACCACCGCCACUACAGCCGGAUUCACUGGGACGCCGCUACAGCAAAUUCAUCUUGCCUCUUCUCGCCGUCAAUAUUUCCAUCGGAGCAUACCUUUACAUGAAAACAAACAAGGAGAAGACAGAGGAAGAAGGGCCUGCAGCUGCAGUUACAUCUACUCCUACAUCCACUGCCAUCACAACUGCAGUUACAUCAACACCGCCUCCUGCCAUCCAAGAGCCAGUGAAACCAAUCCCCAUUGAUCAGCAGAGGGAGCUCUUUAAGUGGAUAUUGGAGGAGAAAAGAAAAGUGAAGACAAAAGAUCCCCAAGAGAAAAAGAAAAUUGAUGAAGAAAAAGCCUUACUCAAACAAUUCAUCCGGGCAAAGUCCAUUCCUUCUUUGUAAUGGAUAAACCUGGAAAUGUACAUUUGGUUUAUCUUGAUGUUAGUGCUUAUGGUGUGUAUGCUUGAUGUAUAUUCUUGUGAAAAUUGGAAUUUGCUACCUUGAUUAUGUUGUAUAUUUGAAAUGAAAUGGUUGAUUGUGUA